AUGGAGGCGGCGGCGGGCCGCAAGCGCGCGUACAGCAUCAUCGUGCCCACCUACAACGAGCGCCUGAACAUCGCCCUCAUCGUCUACCUCAUCUUCAAGCACCUCCCGGAUGUGAACUUUGAGAUCAUUGUUGUGGAUGAUGGUAGUCCAGAUGGAACUCAGGACAUUGUAAAACAACUGCAGCAAGUAUAUGGUGAAGAUUUUGUUCUACUGCGAGCUAGGCCAAGGAAGCUAGGACUUGGUACGGCAUAUUUACAUGGAUUAAAGCAUGCCUCAGGGGAAUUUGUCGUUAUCAUGGAUGCGGACCUAUCUCACCAUCCAAAAUACUUGCCAAGCUUUAUUAGGAAACAAAAGGAAACUGGAGCUGACGUUGUAACUGGCACACGGUAUGUUAAGAAUGGUGGUGUCCAUGGUUGGAAUCUCAUGCGCAAGCUGACUAGCAGAGGUGCAAAUGUUCUUGCACAAACGUUACUACAGCCUGGAGCUUCAGAUUUAACCGGAUCAUUUAGGCUAUAUAAGCGAGAUGUCCUGGAAGACUUAAUCUCCUCAUGUGUCAGCAAGGGCUACGUGUUCCAGAUGGAGAUGAUUGUUAGGGCUACUAGGAAAGGUUAUCACAUUGAAGAGGUUCCAAUAACAUUUGUUGACAGAGUAUUUGGAAUUUCAAAACUUGGUGGGUCCGAGAUAGUUGAAUAUUUGAAAGGCCUUGUUUAUCUGCUGCUCACAACAUGA